AUGGCCGAGAAAAAGCCAUUAUGUACGCCCGCUGAGUUGAUGCUCAAGGUGAUCCUGACUGGGACUCUGAGCCACUAUGAAACUCGGGGGAUGAUCGACGAAAAACGCCUCGAGCAUAUGCUCGCGGCCGGAAAGCAGAUCUUGUACAAGACGCAUCAAGAGAGUGACGUCCGCCACAAUCUCGGCAUGUCACCAGAUAUUUGGCAGGGUCUCACGAGCGUCCUCACGAGAGCGAUCCCCGUCCUCGAGUCACAGUCAUUUGCAUGGAAAAGCCCACAGGCCACCUUUGAGCACUCCUCCUCUAAUCUGAUCGCCUAUAAUUACUUCUCGCUGGUCAAGGACAUCGAACGACUCAAUGAUUUGUGCACGAUCGCACGCAACCUCCUCGCCACAACCAAGAAAGCGCAGAACCUCGCCGCAGAAAAGGGCUUCGACCAGAGAAUUCUAGCCUUGAUCGAUACCUGCGUGAGAGUGACGGCGAGGGGCUUCGAUGGCGAGACCAACGCGCGCAACGAGGAACGGUGGCAGAAAGUGGUCAACCUCUACAAACGGCUCUUGAUUACCUGCCUGCAGUAUCUGCACAACUUCAUCAUGCACAACGAGCAGCGGAAGAUGGUUCUGUGGUUGGAUCUGUUCGGGUACCAUUCCACCGCCGAUACAAAUAUCAUCAAGCCCAAGGAGCCGUUGGAUCACACCGGCUCCCGAACCGACGGUGUGGCACCUAUUGUACACUUUGGAGAGCGUGUGGUCAACCCGCCGAUCCGGGCACUCUACGACCAGACUGCCGAAGACCUGCUGCUGGAGACUAUUGCCAAGUUUCCGCGGGAGCCCGCCACCAUCAAGGAAGAGGCUGCCAUGCUGCUCCUAGCCAACAUCAAGGAUCACAUGGAAAGUAUUCUUGGACGGGACCUGGGAGCUAUCCAGGAAAUGGGUCGAGACCCCGACCAGAUCAAGGAUAUUCGUGCCGCAUUGACUACCAUCCUGGGAUCCAAGGUCGAGGGAUGGUCUGACCUCCAGGACCGAGCGAGGACGAACGGACUUGCGCCCCGCGAAGAGGAAAGGAAAGAUGAACAAGAAGCACAGAAGGAGCCGGAAAGGAACGAGCCGGAACCUCCGAAAAAGAAGUCAAUUUUGACUAUUGACCGCAGUAUGACUGCCGGGUUCCCUCGCCUCUGCUGGGCUGAUCUGCCAGAGUUCAGCGAUCACAGUGCAUUACAUGCCCCUGUCAUGGAGGAUGAUACCACCAUGCCCCGUUCGGCCCAGUCUGCUGCCGAGACCCUUCAGGAGGCCAAGGAUGAACUGAUGGCCCGGUUGCAGGAAGCCUCUCAAAUUGGCGACGGGGACCCAGACCAUGAAACCGCCGAUAUCAGGACAGUGGGCGACGAUGAUUCGCGUAGCCUAGAGGCUGUCGCCGACGGCAGCGCCGAUGGUGAUGGCGAAGAGGAUGACGAAGGAGAUGAGAGCGAGGAUGAAGGUGCCGAUGACGAUGAUGAGUACCGUGGCCGGCCCGGGGAUCAGCAGCGAGGUCUGUUGACGGAUAUUCCUCUUGUUUUGGGGCCAGCGGAGAUUGAAGCCCUCCCCAUGAUUGUCCAAGCAGGCAUCGUCGACAGUUUCGGACUCAAGGGCGGAGAACGGAAUGGCUCGCGAAACAUGCAGUCUCUCCGGUGCCAUGUUCUUCUCACACAGGAGACCGGGCGAAACCUGCUGCGUGAACUUCUGAUCUUUAUCGCAGCUUGGGACCUGCCCGAUGAUGAGCUUUACUUCAAGAUGAUGGUCCAGAUCAUGGAGGCCGUACUCAAGAAUGGGUUAAUGUCUCACGCAUACUCUGACUUUGGUCAACCCAAGGACAUUAUCUCCCCAGCACAGGCGGUGGUGAUCAAGAUCCUCACGCACAUUUUCCGGGCCAAGUACUCUCCGGCCUCGAUCACGGGCUCCUCCCACCACAGCAUCCCGCGAACCCCGGCGGAACCUAACCGGGUGGACAUUCUCACUGUCCGAUAUAUCUUCACCAUCUUCCGGGGUAACAUAAUCCCGGAAACGUGCGCUCUGAUCUAUCUACAGGGCCAAAUCCGCGCGGAGCGUGCCCUUCCCGAAGACUUCCCGCUUAAUAUGUGGGAUAUGGAACGGGUAUACGAGGGCGUGUAUCAGUUCCUAGAGUUCUUCGCUGUGCUCACUGAAAACAACGACUGGAAGAACUUGCUUGUCCAGUGGGAGAUUGUCUACGACCUAGUGACUUUGAUCAAGGAGUUGGAAGCCAGCAUCCCCAAGGGCCAGCUGAACGCUCUGACGUUCGGGGCUGUCCCGCCGCCUCCUCCACCCCGCAGCACCUCCCCCAACGAGGGAUCCCACUUGGCGCUGCCCGCCCCUGUAGCCGUGGAACGUCCCUACGACCCCGGCGACCCAGACCCCAUCGACACCGGAGCUGGCAGCGUCGUCUCGCGACCAGACUCCCCGCCUAUUACCGAGGAUCCGUCCGAGUUCGAGUGGCGCAACCUGAAGAAACUCGUUGUGCUGGUACUCUCGUCACUGGUGUGGAAAUGCCCCGAGGUGCAAGAGCAGAUCCGCCGCUACGGGGGCAUCGAGGCUAUUCUCUGCUGCACCGCCUUCGAUGCACACAACCCCUAUAUCAAGGAGCAUGCCGUGAUGUGCCUGAAGUUCUUGCUGGAGGGCAACCGCGAGAACCAGCGGCUGGUCGAGGAGCUCGAGGCCCGCGAAGUGGUCAAGGAUGAAGGCGGCGUGCUGGAGAAGAGCGGCUUUGAAGCCAUGAUCGACCAAACGGGCAAACUGGCCAUCCGCCCCAAGGACGGUCCUCAAUGA